UUGUCCUAAACUAUAAUUCGUGAUGUGCAGGUCUGUUUAUAUUGCUCGUGUAAAUUAAAGUCAUGGAAAAAUCGUUUAGGGUUAUAAUUAAUCUAAAUUAUUUCUAUCAAGAUCAUAGAUCGAUUGCGAUGAUUUUUAUUAAUGAAAAUAUUAAUAAAAUCGAAAAUCUUGAACAGAAAGUUCGUGAAAUUUUUGGGAUCGAUCAGUUUUAUUUAACAUGCCAGAAUCGCUUUUUGCCAUCCUGUGAAGACGUGAGAAUAUUGCAGAAGGAUGAUUUAUUAUGGGCAAUUCCAAAGGGAUACUAUGUGGACACAGUUGUAUACAGAGGAGAGCAUGUUGUGGAAGAAAUAGAAAAAAAUACACCAAAAAAACGCAAGGAAGAUGUGGUAGAAAAGGUUGCCGAAGGAAAUGAAAAAGUAUCAAGAAAGAAGAAGAAAAAAAUGGAAGGGGUCGCCCAGAUACAUGAAGAUGAGAUCAUUGAAGAAGACCCAAAACCCCAACAAGAAGAACAAAAUCUCAAAAACACGGAAAAAGUGGGGAGACUUCGCCCAAUUUUUAGUUUUUUUAAUCCAUUUCUCUCCUUAGAAUAUAUUUCUGAUUUCUUUAGAAUGCAUUACAUUAUAACAACCUUGGCACAAACAUUAUUACUCAAGUAGUGAAAAAAAAACGCAAGUAUUUUUAAUGAAUUAAAUGUAACACAAAAAUUGGGUGGACCUGCUAGCGCAAGGAGUGGGGAUUUUUCGCGGCAUUUUUUGAUAAGUACUAUAUUACUUAUUUAAAGAUAUAUAUUUGGUUUUUUUGGCUACAACUACGAAGUACAUAUUACUUUAUUGGUAUUAUGUUGAGAAAAUAA